CGGCUGGGCUCGUGGCCUCCCGCCUUUCCCCCCAGCCCCCCGCGAGCUGCCAGGAGGAAAUAGCGCGCGGCCCCUUUAAAUUUACCCAGGAGCCCUUAAAGGAGCCCCAGGGGCCCCAGACAGGAAUCCCCACCCCGGUCCAGCCCGCGCCGCCGAGCGAGCAGCCUGCCGUCCGUGCGGCCGGCCGCCCCGUGCAUGCGCUCCGCGCCCCGGGGCCCCGUGCACCGAGCGCUCCGCGCGGGCUGCCGCCGGCUCCGCGGCCCCGCGCCCCGCCGCCCCGGGGCCCCGCUCCUCGGCGCAGCGCAUGGAGCCCGGCGGGGACCACCGGAGCCGGAGCAGCGGCAGCAGGGGCGGCCCCGGGCCAGCAGUGGCCUCGGCACGGGGCCGACGGCUGCCGCCCGCCGGAUCGAGCGGCGUCGCGGAGCCGGAGGAGGACGAAGGCGGGCAAGAUCUUCAGCUGGAAGGGGGUGCCUUGGGGUCCUGGGGGAGUGCCCCUCUGCCCUCCUCCAGGGCCAGGGGACCAGCAUCUUCAGGCAGGAAGUACUCAGACCACUGUGAGGCCCGGGCCUCGAGGCCUGGCAAGAGCCGCAUCCCUGGCCGUGACCACCGGCGCUACUACCACGACCACUGGCGGCUGGAGUACCUGAUGGACUUCAACCCCGCCCGGCACGGCAUGGUGUGCAUGGUGUGCGGCAGCUCCCUGGCCACGCUCAAGCUCAGCACCAUCAAGCGCCACAUCCGCCAGAAGCACCCCUACUCCUUGCACUGGAGUCCCCGGGAGAAGGAAGUCAUCAGCAACAGCUGGGAUGCGCACCUGGGGCUGGGGGCCUGCGGAGAGGCCGAGGGCCUGGGGGUCCAGGGGGCUGAGGAGGAGGAGGAGGAGGAGGAAGAAGAGGAGGAGGAGGGGGCCGGUGUCCCAGCUUGCCCGCCCAAGGGCCCAGGCAAAGCCCCAGCUGGUGGGGGCUGCCGGCGCCAGCGGCGAGGGGGCCCAAUGGCACCCCGGGCUCGGCGUCUGCGCCUCUCAGCCUCCCGGAGGGCCGGGGGCAGCAGGGGGCUGGGGGCCCGGCGCCUGGAGAGGAGGCUGAAGGAGUCCCUGCAGAACUGGUUCCGGGCCGAGUGUCUCAUGGACUACGACCCGCGGGGGAACCGGCUGGUGUGCAUGGCCUGUGGCCGGGCACUGCCCAGCCUGCACCUGGACGACAUCCGUGCCCACGUGCUGGAGGUGCACCCCGGCUCCCUGGGGCUCAGCGGCCCCCAGCGCAGUGCCCUGCUGCAGGCCUGGGGGGGCCAGCCCGAGGCGCUGUCUGAGCUCACCCAGUCCCCACCAGGCGAUGACCUCGCCCCCCAGGACCUGACCAGAAAGAGCCGGGACUCGGCCUCUGCUGCUGGAGCCCCCUCCUCUCAGGAUCUCAGCCCCCCAGACGUAAAGGAAGAGGCUGGCUGGGUCCCUGAGAGGCCCGGGCCCGCAGAGGAGGAGGAGGAGCUGGAGGAGGGCGAGGGCGAGAGGGCGGGGGUCCCGGGCCGUUCGCUGCGGGGCCGCACCCACCGCCGCCACCCCCAGGAGCGCUGGCGGCUGGAGUACCUCAUGGAGCUGGACGGCGGCCGGCGCGGCCUGGUGUGUGGGGUGUGCGGGGGCUCGCUGGCCUCGCUCAAGAUGAGCACCAUCGAGCGCCACAUCCGCCGGCGCCACCCGGGCUCCACGCGCCUCGGCGGGCCUCUCCAGGCCCUCAUCGCCCGGGAGUGGAGCGAGAAGGCCGCCCACCUGCUGGCCCUGGGGCUGCCCCGCCCCGAGUCUCCGCGGGGGCGCGCCGCCCCUGGCACGGCCGCAGCCUCCGAGGAGGGGGGAGGGGAAGAGGAGGAGGAGCCAGAGGAGGAGGCGUGGGGUGACGUCCCGCCGUCCCCUGGGGCUCCUCUGGAGCGGCCGGCUGAGGAAGAGGAGGACGAAGAGGAUGGCCAGGAGCCCGGGGGACUCGUUUUGCCGCCGCCGCCGCCUCCGCCUCCGCCGCCGCCCCCGCCGCCACCGCCCCGCAGCCGGGAGCAGCGGCGGAACUACCAGCCGCGCUGGCGGGGCGAGUACCUAAUGGACUACGACGGCAGCCGGCGCGGCCUGGUGUGCAUGGUGUGCGGGGGCGCGCUGGCCACUCUCAAGGUGAGCACCAUCAAGCGCCACAUCCUGCAGGUGCACCCCUUCUCCAUGGACUUCACGCCCGAGGAGCGCCAGACCAUCCUGGAGGCCUACGAGGAGGCGGCGCUGCGCUGCUACGGCCACGAGGGCUUCGGGCCCCCAGCCCCGGCGCCGCGUGAGGGCGGCGCGGACCUCAAGUCUGGUGCCGUGUGUCGGGCGUAGCGGCCUCGUGGGUCCCCGGGUCGGGUCGGCCCCGCUCCGCCCUGCCCUGGCUCUCCUGGCCCCACUGCUGGGAGACCCUCGCGCCGGGUGCCAGCGCUCCCCGCGGCCGCGCCCCCCCCGCUGGCCGGGCCGGGCGGAGACGGGGCAUCUAGUGGGGCCGCUGUCGUCCGCGUGGUGCCACUUGGGUGCCAGUCGGUGCGCUGCGGGAAGCGCAUUUUCCCCUCGGCCCCGAGCCCUGCCCUCCCCGUGCAGGGCCCACAUUUUCCGCGAAUCCAAAGCGGCCUCCAAGUGUUAGGCCUCCAAGUAAGUGUUAGCGCCGAGCGCUCCGGCCGCACCCCGCGAGGGAAUCCUCCGCAGACCGGGACUGGGGGGGCGGCGCCAUCAGUAUUAGGGCCGGAGGAGGGGGCCUCGCGGAAGAUAGGAAGGAUGUUCCGGCUCUGGCCCUGGUCCUGGCUGGGGGCCCAGUUCCCUGCAGCCUUGCACGCCGGCAGGCACGGCUCCUGGCUCGGGGGCUGUUGGCUGCCCUUCCCUAAUUGGGAUUCUCGGCCUCACGGAGGCCCUGGCUGCAGACUGGGGCUUCCAGCCGGAGGCGGAGCCGCGGGGUUCGGGAGCCGUCCCAGGCUGGGAGGGUCUGUUGGACUGAGGGCGGGGCAAUGCGCCCGGGGCCUGGGCCGGACCAGCUGUGCCAACCUCCCCGGCAGGCUCAGUAGGAACUGAGCGGCCCCAUCUUCCUCCUGACCGCCCGGACAGAUCUUGUAAAGGGAUUAGCACUUUUUUCCUUUGCUCCUCUUGCCCCGAGGGCCCUGUUUAUCCCUAAACUCAGUCGGGUGCCACCAGUGGGAGCCCGGGGCACAGGAGGUCCCGGCAGUCAGCCUUCUCUUCCCGCCCCGUCCCCAUCCCCUUUUGUACGCGGUGGAUGCGGUGCCCGUUCUCAGCCCGCAGGGCCUGGGGCCGGGCCUCGGCUUCUUUUCCCGGCAGCAGCGCCAGGCCCUAUGGGGCAGGGAAGGGGCCCCUCGAUCUCCCAGGCAGGUCCGAGAGGGAUGUGUAGAUUCAUUCUCCUGUGGAGAACCGGUGGCCCCGAGAUCAGGCCCUUUUUUGCUCUUUGUAUUUUAUUUUGAAACUGUAUUUAAUGCUUUUAUAUAAAAGGGGGAGGGGCGGGGACAGAGCUGACCCAGUCACCCUUAUGUGCAAAUGUCUUAUUUAUUAUGCGUGUAUCAGAGAUAAGCUGUGAGGUGGUGAAGGGAGGACCUGAAUGAAGGAGUAGCGAGGGCAGAGGCCGGGACGGGAGGACCCCAACUAGCUGUGCUGAUGUAACAUGUACUCCCUGGAAGACUCUGGGCCCUGAUGUCUGCUCUUCACAAAGCCAGGCUGCUGCAGGGACAGUUCCCUCGGUCCUAAAGUCGGGGUGGGGAGGCCAGUGGGUGGGACUUGAGGGUUGGGUAUGUAGGAAGAGGUCCUGGCAGUGGGGGCCAGCCCCUGCCUCGGGGCGGGAAAGCAGAGGGCAAAGAGUAGGCCCCUCAUCCCUGACUGGAAGGCCAGAGUCCAAGGUUCAAGUGCCUCAGGCCCAGUCCCCUUGACUCUUCCUGUUUGGGAGUUGGAUUUUAUACCACGGAUUUUAUAGCAUUUUUAUAUAAUUCAAGAUUGUCAGAAUUGGGAAGGACCCUGGAGAUCACUAGUACCACCCUCCUCCCUUUCACAGAUAGGUAGAUUGGAGCCCAGGAACCGAGAUUAUGACACAGCCAGGUAGGGACACUACAAGAACUAGAAUGAAAAUCCCAGCUCCCCAUCCAGUGUUCUUUGCACCAUACCACGCUGCUUCCCAAUUCGCUGGUCAGUGAUUAAAAUUUGUCACGCCUGCUGGAGGAUUGACGUUUUGGGCACUGUAGGCCACCACAGUGGAGCUCUGACUCCGGAAGGUGGCAAAGCCUUGUACACUGCAUUGGGAUGAGCACGCUGAGCUUUGCAGGGCCUCAGCUGGAAGGCGCCAUCAGCUGGCCCUUCCCCUCAGUAGAACUCUAGAGGCGGGCGGCUGCUGCGAGGCCCAAGACCUCCUCGGCAGGGGCUUUGUGUUCUUUGUUGUGGAAGCCACCAGGGAUUCAGGAAGAUCCUGAAUGGGUUGUCAGUUGCCUGAAAAGUGAAUUCUCAGUUUGAACCUCCAGGGUUUUUGAGACAGUAUUAAAAACUUCAGAAUGGAGAUUAUGGAUGGCACCAGGCUGCGUACUGCCAUUUACUUUUCUUCAUGCAUGUUUUUGGAUCCAGAAUGAGUAUUACACCAUUUUUUUUUUUUUUUUUUUUUUUACUCUGCCGGCUCAAAAACAGUAGGUAAAUUGGGGCAACCAAUUUAUAAUCAUUCAAGUUCACUUGCGAAGUUCAGAUAAGCCAGGGCAGAGGGGUUAGGAGAGGUUUUCCUCCUCCAUAGGCAGGGAGAGGCCUCAGGAGGACAGAGUAGAUAUCUCUACUGAGACAGCACCAAACAAACACGCCAGUGAUUCUCAGUGUGUCCCUGAGACCAGCAGCAUCACCUUAGGAAUCUGCUAGAAAUAUUCUUGGGCCCUACCCCAGGGUUUCUGAAUCAGAAACUUGGUUGGGGACUCAGCUGUGUUUCGAUGAGCCCUUCAUUGAUCUUGAUGCAGCUGCAGUGCUGGGCACCAGUGAUGGGGAAGGGCUGCUGUAGUGAUUCCUGCUUCCAUGGAGGUUGUGGCCUCACAGGUUAGAUAGAGGUUGGGAGGGGACUUGGUCCUCUUGCCUAGGUAUGCCUCCUUGCCUUGAGAUUCUGACGUGAACAGGUGAAGUCUCUUCAUGAUUUUUUCUUUUUGUUAACGGUAUGCUUGCUAUUAUGGCCAAUAUGUAAAUGUUACUCUGAAUACAUAUUUAUAUACCAUGUUACUUAGUGACAUUAUUCAAACAUUUGUAUGUGUAUUUGUGAAAUUGUUUGCAUCAGUCAUUUAAACAAUAUUUCAGUCUAAGUUUUCUAAGAGGUAUGUUGAGUACAUUUUUGAAAGCCAGCUUAAGGGUCACAGCAGCCUUAGUUUAGAAGAGCUAAUCACAGGUGACCACUCAAGUUCUUUCAGUGAAGACCUGAUAUAUUUAGUUCCCAUUUCCCUUGGUGAUUGACUCAAGUUAAGUGCAUUGUGGCUAUAUGUAAUUUAUAGGCUGCUUUACGUUAUAGGUGGGGAAAACUCCCAGGCUGGUGGGAGGCUGAACUGGGAUAACAGACCCCCUGACCCCUCCUCAUUCUAAGGUCACCACCUCUUAGAGGGUCUCUUACUUUCUUUGAGAUCAAAUGCAGUUAUGCUCUACAACUAAAUUCUGCAGUCUUGGGAAUCCUUACCAGUAUCAACUAUUAGUCACUUUUUAAAGCCCCCAAAGUGGAGUGAGGAUGGGGGGAAUGGAAGCAGUGUUUGGUUCUUACUUUACCCAAACUGUGUAUAAAGAAUAAAGUUAGCAGAAUGAUACCACA